AUGCCACCUGCAGGCGAGCCAACAGCUUUUCCCAGCCUCUCCUCCUCUUCGGGGGGUGGGGUUGAGGCGAGGCUCUGUGACGCUGACAUUGAUCGCGUGUUGCUUCAAGCCAGGAUCAGUGGUCAGGCUCCUGUGCCUCCGGACGCCUCCGGUUCUGAACCCUCGUGCGAGGACAAAGCAGCUCGAGUGCGUGCUGCUCCGGCCGGCUUGUUUGAGAGAUCAUUUCAUUCGCGAGCAGAUGUGCCAGUUGAGGACGAGGAAGAACAUUUGUGGGUUUUAGCUAUCAAUAAGUGGUGCUGCAUCUUCACCCUUGCCAAUGAGGAUCCUGGUUCAGUCGGUGUGCAGGCAGCCCAGUGUUUGGUUGCAGAAGGUGAAAAAGCCAGGGACGAACUUCUCAGGGACGUCUUCGGUCUGCGUUCGCCCCGCACAGCGAUCAAACGCGCCAACGCCUUGCUACGAUGCCUCAGGUGGCAUCAAAAGGAGAGAAGUGUGACAUGGCCUUGGGAUAGAGAAUCGGUCACUGCCUUCGUGAAGUCACUUGGAGAGUCUGCAAGCGCGGUGAGCAGUCUUUUUGAGGCCAUCAAUUUUGCUCACCAUGUGAUGGAUGUGCCAUUCUGCGAUGAUCUGCUUAACGACCGUCGACUGCAGGGCAGGGCUCGGAGACUUGCUGGUGAAAAACCCGAGGUUAAGCAACAAGAGCCUCUGAAAGUUGAGCUUGUGGCGAAGCUUGAAAAGACUGUGGCUAGCGAGGCUCUUUGUGAUGUCGAUACGUACGUUCUUGGGGGCGAGUUGUUUGCUCUUUACAGCAGAUCGAGGUGGUCGGACCUGAAGAAAAUUAAUUCGAUCUGGAUCGACUUCGCGAGGACCCGUGAACGUAAGACCAACAACACGGUGCGGACCAAGCGUCGGGCCAUGCCGCUUGUGGCACCCUUCCCAGGCGUGACCGAUGCAAACUGGGUCAAGGCUUGGUGGCAGGCGGGUCAGAGGCUUGGGGUUGAUUGGUCGGAAGUGCCUUUCGGGCCCCUCGUACGUGCCCCGGACAGUUCCGGCAAGCUGUGUAAGAGGAGAUGCACCUCGAGUGAAGCGGGCUCGAUGCUUUGCAACGCCCUAGGCUUGGAAGGUGAAAGCCGUCGCACGUCUCAUGUGCUCAAAGGGACAACCUUGGCCUGGACAGGGAAACGGGGUUUUGGUGAGCGCGAGGGCCUUCUGCUCGGUCAUCAUGCGACAGGCUCCAGUUCCCUUGCUUGUUACAGCCGAGAGUUACUGAGCGCACCGCUGAGAGCCUACCGUAGAAUGCUAUGGGAGGUCCGCACAAACAUUUUCAAGCCCGAUGCGACCCGUUCUGGAUGGCUAGCCUCGCAAGGUGAUGAGAAUCUACGUGCCUUUCGGGAUUCUUUUCUCGACGACCCCAAGGAUGCGUGCCCCUUCGAAGCUCCGACUGUGCAUGCUCCAGAGUCCGCGGCAAGCGGAGCUGUACAAGGCGAUGAUCUCGAUGAACACGGCGAGCUGGAGCACUAUCGCUCAUUCAACCGUGCUCCUGACUCGUCGGUCUUAGGGCAAGAUCUUGACUUCGGCUCUUGGGAUCGGGUUGAUAAUGAUUCAGCAAGCCCACCUUCAGUGCGUUCGCCAUUGCCUGGGGAUCGUGCAUCGUCACCGGAUGUGCAUGCAAGUAAUGUGCCUGCGACACCUCCGCAGGAUGCUGCCCUGUCGCAGGCAAGCUCGUCUUCCUCUUCUUGCUCUAGUUCUUCUGAGACCAGUGAAACUGAGGAACAGUUGGUUGCGAGAUGCGGAGUCGAACAGGACUAUGAGAUCAACGAACCUUGUUGGCAGCACGUCAAGUCCAGGAUGUUGCAUCGCGCCCAGGGCGACAAGUCAGCAUGUAGGACCCGUUGUGGCCGACGGACGACCAAUGUGUACAGGUGGCUUGAGGGUGCUUACUUUAAGUGGACUAGGUGUGCAGUGUGCUGGAAGGGCGAGCUGCUGGACUCGCAAGGGGCUUUGGCCAACAAGCUCAACGAGCUUAUGGAUCGCACAUAG